AAAUAAAGUAUAUGCUUUUUCCUCUUGGAACGGGCAGGUUCGCUCGAUCUUAUUCAUGGAGUCCUCGCGCGUAAAAGUGGAAUAAUGAGGCGACUAAACCAAGGUGGAUGGAUUAUCUUGGCAAAGGAGAAGUGCUCACUGACAGGUGUUCUGACCCUCUCUGGUGUCAGCCUGUACAUCAGUUACUCCCAACAGGCGAUGGCUGAGACUGAGAGGCUGGUGGGGGCUGAGCGUUUGGCCCAGGUGGUCAACACCUCUUUCGGCUGGUCCCUCGGCCUGGCCUGGCUCUCCUUCUGCCUGGAGGUCCUCGCUGGCCUGCUGCUGCUGCUAGCUGCCCGCCUAGCCACCCUGCAGCACGGACCUGCCCGCCUAGCCACCCUGCAGCAUGGACCACAAGGCCACGGCUGGCCUCUCCAUGUUGUAACCUAACCAAAGAGGAAGAUGUCACAAGAACUGGAUAACCAACUGGCCCUGAACUGUACCUUCAAUUUUCUAAUGAUUUGUAUGUGCUCGUAUCUGGCACCACAAAUUAAGUUCUCUCUGGAAAAAUUGUUCUUUAAAGUAUUUUUUUUCAUCCAAAAUGCCAUAUGUGGUUUAGUCUAUGGGCAAAACAGUUGAGAUGUAGUGCCAUCUUUUGGUGUGAUAAGUCACUACAUUUCAAUUGACAAAUGCCUCCAAAUACCAAAUUGUAUUAUUGUGGUCCUAUAGGAUGAGAAAUUAAAUGUACUAGAACUACAGGCCUCAACCACAAGUCACUCUGAAUGGCUGUUAGCGGUCAAGGGGUUUCAUUUUAGAACUUGGGCAAGUGAAGGGCUAUAGGAAAGAAGUAUGUAUCAUGAGUGGAUGUACUCAAAGCAAAAGCCAUAGUAGAAAUGCUCAGAGCAGACUAAGGGUGCAUCUCAAGUGAAUCUUUAGCCAGAUGUAGCAGUGGUGUCAGCGGAGCCUUGUCUGGCAGAAAAACAGUUCAUUCAGACUCAUUUACUGCCUGUUUAAAAAAAAACAUAUCUGACAUGGCUGACUUGCCUAAACAAAGGUGGUUUCUACUGACAAUUGAGAUGUACAAACUAUGGCAUUAGGGAGUGAUGAGUGGAUAAGAGGCAAUCCGUAAUUCUGAUUAAGAAAUUAGGAGACUAAAUGACUUGGCGUUACCUUAGAUUGUAAACCGUCAUGGUCAAAACAUAUCGAUUCAAUGGUUGUAAAGCUGGGGAGAGGUCUGGCCGUCAUAAAGAGAUGGGGAGAGAUCUGGCCGAAAUAAAGAGAUGGGGAGAGAUCUGGCCGAAAUAAAGAGAUGGGGAGAGAUCUGGCCGAAAUAAAGAGAUGGGGAGAGAUCUGGCCGUAAUAAAGAGAUGGGGAGAGAUCUGGCCGUAAUAAAGAGAUGGGGAGAGAUCUGGCCGUAAUAAAGAGAUGGGGAGAGGUCUGGCCGUAAUAAAGAGAUGGGGAGAGGUCUGGCCGUAAUAAAGAGAUGGGGAGAGAUCUGGCCGAAAUAAAGAGAUGGGGAGAGAUCUGGCCGUAA